GAAGAAUCGUUUCGAGCGAGAAGAAUCACCGCCUCUCGCCCUUGUACCUGCUAAUUGCAGGAGCUGCAGAGUCUUUUGCCGUGUUUUUGCACCAUGUUCCCAGUCCCACCCCCUCCUCCCCCGUCAGUCGGCUCAUUCCAGUGCAAGACCGCUUCAUUACCCCAUCAGCGGCCUUAUGUGGGCCCCCCCGGUCCUCUGCCACAUUUCGGAAGGCCGCCAAUGCCGGUCACGCCGCCCAACGGGCGCUUCGUCCAGACGGUUCUGCAGAGAGGUCCUGGAACCAGGCAGUCGCCUUUGCCACCCCCGCCCUCCAUGCUGGGGUUUACACCGCGCACACCCCUGUCGGGCUGCCCGUCAGCCCGACAUGCGUCGAACCGGACGCCGGCUGUCCCGUCUGUGCCGCCGAAAUUCAUCGCUCAACCUAUUGUCAAGGUCGGUCAGUGCUGCUUCACGCUUCGGUCUUUUCUGCACUGCAUGAGCUUCACACGUGUGUGUGUCCCUUGGUCGCUGUGAGCAGGAGAGAGUCAUCGAGAUCGAGAAACACGAGAUCGAGGAGCAGGUCGUGGAACUGCCCCAAACCGUGUACAAGGAGAAGUUCGUUGAGGUACCCAAGAAGGUACGCCUGUGUCAGACAGACAGACACACAGGCUGUCGGUCAUGUCUCCUUCGCCCCAUCAGGUCAUCCAGGAUCGUAUAGUCUAUGUUCGCAAGCCUCGGGUGACUCGGGACCCCUAUCGGGUGAGCAGACGGUGGCCGAAAUCGGCAGAUAAGAGCACAGACGGGAGGAAACACACGCGAGUCUCUCCUUGGCCUGCGUCCUUGUCUCAGCCUGUCCAGGCCCAUCGCAUGGCCAGUGUGCAGCCACCGAUGAACGUGAAUGUGGCACAGUUGCAGAGACCGGUGGGCGAGAGAGAGACAGACAGCAUGACGUGUCAUGUCUCUCUUUGCCUCUCCCUUGUGCAGACGCUCGAGCCAGGCUAUCUGUCAUCCUUGCGUCAUCAGGUUGUCCAGGAUCGUAUAAUCAAUGUUCGUCAGCCGAGGCUGAAUCGGGAGCCUUAUCGGGUGAGCAGACUGUAGGCAAGAUGGGCAGAUAAGAGCACACACGGGAGGAAAAAACACGGGCGUCUCCUCUCCUUGGCCUGCGUCCUUGUUUCUCAGCCUGUCCAGGCCCAUCGCAUGGCCAGUGUGCAGCCACCGUUCAACAGGAAUAUGGUGUCGUUGCAGAAAUCGGUGGGCGAGAGACACCUGCUUACCAUCCACAGACAGACAGCAUGACAUGUCGUGUCUCUCCCUUGCGCAGGGUGUGUACGGCGCUGCUUUGGUGAGCCCACGUCUGCCUCACGUGCGCCCGCCAACUUUCGAGCACAUGGCAAGCAAGAGCAAAGGAACCGUGAUACUUCAUGUCCAUUUGUGUGUGUGCACAUGCGCAGAUGAGUAAUCCGUUUGCGGCUCCGCCCCCGGCAUAUGGUCCGUCGCGCAGGUUGGAGCAUCUGUGGUCGCAUCAUCCGCCGCCAGUCGAGACGGGGGUGCCGACGGUGGCGCGGAACAUGGGAAGGGCUCCGGGUGUUGGCGAUGUCGGUGGCAUGGCCAUGCCGCCUAUGGGGGCACCGGCCAGGGUGGUGCAGUACGGUCAGACUGGUGCUCUUCGACAGGGAGCUGGCGGGACCUGCCUGACAGUUGGUAGUGGCAUGGCGGCGCCCCUGAUGGCGCCCAAGACGAGCCACCAGUACACGCAGGCUGGCGCUGGUCGGGAGGCAUCUCACGGCACAUCCCUGACACACACGUGAGCGGGGCAAUUGAGCUGACACAGGGAGAGACGAGGCAGAGGCAGAGAGGGGUAAAUGAUGUCUGUUUAUGUGUCUCCCGUGGGCUGUGUAUGCGUGUGUGCAGGCGUGAUGGCCCCCGUAUGGUACGUGUGGACUUAUCGUCUCCCAGUCGCAGAGUAUGCUCCCCAUGUUCGCCGCCGGUGUGUCCACCGUUGCUCCGCUCGCCGCCCCCUGCCCGUGCAGGCGGCCCGCUUAACCAGCGGCGCGGCAACACUGCCAGGCGACAGCCGCCCCUGCCGCCAUACAUGCGCCGCCGCUCGUGAGGCGAAGACAGAAGGAAGGAGACACGAAGAGGCAACGGCCCUAGGGUUUGUGCGUUCAUGUGCAUGAGGCUAUAGGCGUUGAUUGGACAUUCAGAUUCGAUUGGACUGUCGUCUCAUGUGCUUGACGACACUUUUUCAACCAUGCAUGCCAUUGUCGAGUUAUCCACCAGCACCAUAAAGAC